CACUGCUUGGCCUCAGCUCAAAGUGACGUGAGUUUGUCACAUAACACCGCUGGUCGGGACAGCAGACGGACACCUCCUCGCUGUCUAUAAUUAGAUGUGUGACCUGCACAAACAUAUCCUCCGCUGUGCUUCGUAGAAAGCAGAAAUCAUCGCAGGUGGUGGACGGGGAUGGCCUCAGUGAAAAAGGACAACAGGCUGACGAGCUCCCAGAGCUUCCUGUGCGUCGGUUUCUCCGGAGUUUUCAGCAAAACGGUCACGUCGCCUCUGGAGGUGGUUAAAAUUAAAAGCCAGGUGGGAACUUUUCACUGUAAAAGAGGCUUCUGGCAAAGUUUCCUCAUCAUCUACCAGAAUGAGGGACUCCGAGGGUUUUGGAAAGGAAACCUCGCCUCUUGUCUGCGGCUGUUUCCUUACACGGCUGUUCAUCUCACAACAUACAAAAAGAUCGUCCACCUUCACAUGGAUGAGCAGGGCUUCAUCUCUCAGUGGAGGGCUUUAUUGGCUGGAGGACUGGCUGGAGUUGCUGCUGCUCUGGUCACGUAUCCUCUGGAGGUCGCAGAGACCAGACUCAUCGUUCAAAACUGCAGACAGCCCACAUAUAUCGGCAUAGUUCACACACUGUCGAAGAUCUACAGGAAUGAAGGGCUGCUGGCCCUCUACAGGGGAUUUUCUCUCACCGUCGUGGGAGCUUUUCCCUUUUCUUUCGGAUGCUAUGCGGUCUACAUGAACUUGGACAAGCUCUGGCAGGAGCCUCCUUUUCGCUUCACUCCCUUGCAGAACUUCAUUAAUGGCUGUCUGGCAGCAGGAGUGGCUCAAACCCUCUCACACCCUUUUGAGACUGUAAAGCGGAAAAUGCAAGCACAGAGUGCCCGUCUUCCCCAUCUCGGCGGAGUCGACGUCCAUUUCACGGGAAUGAUCGACUGUUUCGUGCAGGUUGUUAGAAACAAGGGCGUACUGUCGCUGUGGAACGGCCUCACUGCAAACACAAUAAAGAUUGUUCCCUACUUUGGCCUUCUGUUCACCUGCUUCGAGAUGUGUAAGCAGGUUUGCCUUUACCGCAACGGCUACAUUAUCUCCCCUCUGAGCUACAAACUCACCCCCGGGGUCGACCAGAGCCUCGGGCCGUCCGAGCUGGAGGAGGUCAAGCGCUACUUGAAAAACAGAAACUUUGGGUCAGAGGGUUCAUUUGGAAAUCGCUGGUGAAGCUUCACAUAAGAAAAUGUCUGGUUAAAAAAAAGAAAAGAAACAAGACUGCUGACCAGCAAAAGACUGGAAAAAAUUACACGAAAGCAAAUAAUGUCUUGCCAGCCACACUCUACCUCUUUCAGCUCUUAGUCAUUGUAUCUGACAGUAUUAUUUUCUCAUGAAUCAUUCACUGACUCCCAAAUAUUGACAGCGUUUAACUAAUAUUAUGUGCCUUAUUGCUGCGUUAAUGUAACAUAGUGCCAUAGCAUAUGAACAGAAAGUAGGUUGCAAAAUGCUCUUGUGCUCUGUAAAGCAGAAUCAGAAUAUUAUGACUGUAUGAGAUUGUUGUAUGAUGAGCUGCCUGUGUGCUAAAUUAUAUUUUUAAUGUAUAAUGAAUGUAAAGAUUUUAUGCUUUAUAAGUUUGAGUAGGUUAUGGACAAUCCUACACUUGUUCUAACAUGGAUUGUGAUCAGAGAAAAGUGCUUACGAUAUUUCUUUAUACUGAGGCAUCAUUGUUAAGGUGUUCUUUUGUACGUUAUAUGUUAUUAGCAGUCUUUGUGAUUUGCUAACCACAUUGCUUCAAAUUGCAGUUUCAAUUUGAGAUCAAAUUGUCAUUCAACCCUCAAAUUUCUGCCUAAAAUUAACAAUGCUGUUCAAAUUUUCAAACCUGAAGUCACAUAAAACUGCCUCCUGUUUGCUGAGCGACACUUUCCCCUUCAGUGGGUGACUCCACUUUGCCCUACAGUAAAACUGAAAGUCUGUUCUACUUAUAGUCCAACUUGUUUACAGUGGUGAAAAGCACAUCUCCUGAAGUGAUGUUGACAUGAGUAUUACCAUUUUUGUACAAUUUUUAAAAUUUAUGUUCUAUUAUACUUCAGAAGCAGAUAACAUUUUACAACAUUACAUUUAAUUAAGAUCUAUAAAUUGUAGUUAAUUUGCAAAUUCAAAUCAGUAAAAUAAGUCAUUACUGCAUUGCCGAUGUUACAUGGAAAGAUAAGACUUUACUGAUCCUUAGGAGGAAGCUGACAGCUACCCAACUUGCAUAUUUAUUCAUAAAUUUUGAUGUUUAUAAAUACUACUUUUACUUAAGCAAAAUUUGGAAUGGCUUUACAUGAGUUUUUCUGCACUUUUGCUUCAUGAUUUAAGGACUUCUGUCACUUUUGGCAUCUAAAUCUCAUUCUUAUGUUCUUAAUUUGUGUUAACAGGCUCCCUGAUUGUUAUUCGGUCAAUCAGGCUGGAUCAGUAUGCUAAGACAGGUUUUGCGUGGAUUCAGUCAGCUGAUUGAAUCAUGUCCUCCUCACAGUGGGAAUCUGAGUGACAGCCAAAGGACAUUAACAGAUGGGAUGACCUUUAUCCACACUAGCCUUAAGGCCUCAGCUGCUCCAGGCUGACAUUUGACUCAACCUUGAGCUUGAUUUAAAAAAAAUAAACUUAAUCCACUAGCA